AUGUUAACCUCUCUCUCUCAGGCGCCCACAGCACCGACAAAGUCCCUCUCGACCCGCGAGAAGCGCAUGGCCCGUAUCCGCGGCGACAUCCACCCCCUCGCGCCGCACAAGACCCUCCGCCCGGAAGCGCAGGUCGACGACGGCUUCCUGACCAACAAGAAGGAUAAGCGGACCAUGAAGCACAGCGCCUUUGUCAGCAAGGUCGCAAAGACGGCGCCCGGCCACUCCAAGACGCUCAAGCGCCGCCGCCCGAACAAGAAGCUCGUCGCCACCAUGGAGUCGCUCGCCGACGCGCUGCCGGACCUGGAUGAGGGCGCGCAGACGCUGGAGCAGCUGCGCGAGGGACAAGUCAGGCACAAGAGUCUCAAGAGCAGGCCUGGCGCGCUGAAGCGCAAGGAAAAGAUUGUCAAGGCUGAGGUGCAGCGGUUCGGGGCUAGCAUGGCGGCGUUGGCUUCCGUGCCUGCUGCUGCUGCUGCUGCUGCAUCCGCGGGUGGUGCUGGUGCGAUGGCGGUCGAGGAGACGACGGCGGACGGGGCCCAGGAGGCGACGUCGAAUGCGACGGCGAACCGAUGGGCUGCGUUGCGGAGGCACAUUUCGAGCACCAUGGAACAGAACCCUGCAUUCAGCAAAUAA